AUGGCUGGGAAACUGAUUGAUACGAAGCUUGGUGCUUUCGGCCUCCUCAUUGCUAACAAGCCGACACAAGGUGAAGGUCCGCUGCUCGAGCUCAUCAACCCGAAGGACGGAAGCACUAUCACCACCAAGGUUCACGAGGCCUCGGCGGCCGAUGUCGACAGAGCUGUCGACGAGGCCGAGAAGGCCUUCGAGGGUCCCUGGGCUGCGUACACGGGCCAAAAACGGGCCGACUGCUUGAACAAGUUCGCCGACCUGCUCGACGCUCACGCCGAGGAGAUUUCCUACCUCGAAAGCGUCUGCAGCGGAAGGCCGCUGGGGAUGGUCAUCGGGGAGCUACCCCGGGUCUCGGCCGUGUUUCGAUACUAUGCUGGUUGGGCCGACAAGAUCAGGGGAGACUCUUAUCCCCCAGAAGACGGAUUCUACAAGAUCGUGAGACAGGAGCCGCUCGGCGUGUGCGCCGGCAUCACAGCAUGGAACGGCUCUCUGCACUUCUUCGCGUGGAAAUCUGCCCCGGCGCUUGCCUGUGGCAACACGGUCAUUCUGAAGCCGUCUGAGAAAUCACCUCUGGGGUCGCUCGCCGCGAGCUACCUCAUCGAGGCUGCUGGCUUCCCACCGGGCGUGUUCCAGGUCAUCGCCGGCGGAGGGCGGGUCGGCGGGCUCCUCAGUAGCCACAUGAAGAUUGCCAAGAUCAGCUUCACAGGCUCGACCGCCACGGGACGCAAGAUCCAGGAAGCUGCUACCAAGAGCAACCUGAAGCGCGUCACGCUGGAGCUUGGCGGGAAGAGCCCGGCCAUCGUCUUCGACGACGCCGACAUGGAAACGGCCCUCUUCUGGUCCGUCCUGGGCAUAACCAUCAACUCCGGCCAGGUGUGUGCCGCGACGUCUCGCAUCUACCUCCAAGAAGACAUCGCAGAGGCCUUCCUAGCGCGCAUGAAGGAGCAGUUCACGGCCAUUGCGUCGGCAAUGGGGGCCGAUCCGCAGGAGAAGACGACCACGUACGGUCCCCUGGUCGACCGCGCGCAGUACGACAAGGUCUGGAACUCGAUCCAGAGCGGAAAACGGGCGGCCACAUUGCUCACCGGCGGGGAUGAGUACACCAAGGGCGGUCACUACGUGGCGCCGACCAUCUUCCUAGAGCCAGAUAAAGACGCCGACAUUUACAGGGAGGAGAUAUUCGGGCCGGUUCUCUGUGCCAGGACCUUCAAGACCGAGGAGGAGGCUCUGGUGAUGGCCAACGACACCCAUUACGGGCUUGCAGGCUCCAUCUACACCAACGACCUGAAGCGAGCGCUGCGCGUCAGCGCCAAGCUUCGCGGGGGCACCAUCUCCAUAAACUGUUCGGCCAUGGUUGGCCCGCAGGUCCCGAUGGGAGGCUUCGGGUGCAGCGGGAUUGGGAGGGAACUUGGGGAGUACGCCUUGAGGCACUAUACGGAGCCCAAGGCGAUCUGGAUAAAGUGA